GGCACAGUCAGGCAGACUCUGUACUCCAGCUUAGCGUUCAGUUAGGCACAGUCGCCCCAGGCCCCUCUCCCAGCCUCCCAGGUUUUCAUUUGGACGUUUUGGUGCCGCCGAACAGCAAAAAGCAGCCAUGGAUGCCAUCAAGAAGAAGAUGCAGAUGCUCAAGCUCGACAAGGAGAAUGCCUUGGACAGAGCUGAGCAGGCCGAGUCAGACAAGAAAGCAGCUGAGGACAGAAGCAAACAGUUAGAGGACGAUAUGAGAGAGUUGGAAAAGAAAUUGCGCAUAACUGAAGACGAAAGAGAUAAAGUGUUUGAGGAAUUUCAAACAGCUGAGGAAAAGCUUCUGGCUGCGGAGGAAACCGCCACCAAGCUUGAGGACGAUUUGGUAGCUCUGCAGAAGAAGCUGAAGGGAACUGAGGAUGAGUUGGACAAGUACUCUGAGGCUCUUAAAGACGCCCAGGAGAAACUUGAGCUGGCUGAGAAGAAAGCCACCGAUGCUGAGGCAGAUGUCGCUUCCCUUAACAGGCGUAUCCAGCUGGUUGAGGAGGAGUUGGAUCGCGCUCAGGAGCGUCUGGCUACUGCCCUGACCAAGCUGGAGGAGGCUGAGAAGGCUGCAGAUGAGAGCGAGAGAGGCAUGAAGGUCAUUGAGAACAGGGCCAUGAAGGAUGAGGAGAAGAUGGAGAUCCAGGAGAUCCAGCUCAAAGAGGCCAAACACAUCGCUGAGGAGGCUGACCGCAAGUAUGAGGAGGUGGCCCGUAAACUGGUCAUCAUUGAGGGAGACCUGGAGAGAACAGAGGAGCGCGCUGAGCUCUCAGAAGGCAAAUGCUCUGAGCUUGAGGAAGAGUUGAAAACUGUGACCAACAACCUGAAGUCACUGGAGGCCCAGGCUGAGAAGUACUCACAGAAGGAGGACAAGUACGAGGAGGAGAUCAAGGUCCUCACCGACAAGCUGAAGGAGGCUGAGACUCGUGCUGAGUUCGCUGAGAGAUCAGUAGCCAAGCUUGAGAAGACCAUUGACGACUUGGAAGAGAAACUCUCACAUGCUAAAGAAGAAAACCUCGACAUGCACCAGAUGCUGGACCAGACUCUAAUGGAACUGAAUAAUUUGUGAAACCAUGGUCUGACCCCAUACCUGCCCGCACACACGCACACACACACACACACACACACACAUACUGGGGUUUUGCUUUUUGUACUUGCACCUUGCUUACCAUGAACCCCUCUCUUUGUACCCUGUCUAUGGAGGAGAACAAACAGCCAGAUGCUUUUUCUUUUGCACCACUCUGCCUUCAAUAGAACUCGACCAAGGGGCAAAACCAAAGGGAAACCCUAACAAUUAUGCACAUGCAAAGGAUAAAGCAAAGAAAUGUUGCACUCAAUAUAAAGUUCAACAUCAUGCACAUUUUGCAUCCUGUAUUUUUUAAAUUCAAAAAAAUUCCCCUCAAACAUAAGUAUACAUUGGCUCUUCCUGUCUGUAUGUAUACUGGUGCUACUGUAUUCUUAAGCGAUGACUUAAAAUGCUAAUGCAUUUCAGUAUAAUCUUUUCUGUAAAAACAUUGUUCAAAAUUUGUGCAUUUUUUUUCUGUUAAAUAUGAUUACAGUCAUCUGGUUCUGCAUUGUUUUAGCAAUAUUUUAAUGUAGAUGUUUCAAGUGUUUAUCAUAUUUGAAAUGUACAAAUUAUAACUUUAAAAUAAAAUCACGUUUUGAAAGUU